AUGCGGUCUUCUUCAACCAGCAGCCAGAGCCUCCAGUGGGUGACCGAGACCACGGAAGACGAACGCGGCAAGACGUCGGUCACCUCCUUCGCUGUCGGCGACCCACCGCACUCCAAGAUUGACAAGGGCGACCUCAAACGCAAGUCGGGCGAGAAGUGGGAGGUGUGGAUCCAGGAGUACAGCGACCUGCCGCCCCAGAAGCGGCCCUCCUUCGCUGCCGAAGGAGGCAAACGAAUCCCCAGCCACAUGCGCCGCAACCUACCCUGCGAGGGACUGUGCAACGCUUGCGGUCUCUGCUACGCAAGGAAUCUGGCCAAGCCCGGCGCCGCGGGCAAGGGAACGAAAGGCAAGCAUUCGCCUGAUGGCAGCGGAGACGCGUCGCCAUCCGACGCCAUAACGUUCCUGCCAUCAGAGCCGCCUGGCGCGGCCGACCAAAAAACGCGACGCCACACUACGGCCGGCUAA